CGGCGCGGGCGGGCAGCCGCGCGGCGGCACCGCCAUGAACGCGGCGGUGGUGCGGCGGACGCAGGAGGCGCUGGGCAAGGUGAUCCGCAGGCCGCCGCUGACGGAGAAGCUGCUGAGCAAGCCCCCGUUCCGCUACCUGCACGACAUCGUCACGGAGGUGAUUAGGACCACUGGGUUCCUGAAGGGCCUCUACACAGAUGUUGAGAUGAAGUCAGAUAACGUCAAGGAUAAAGAUGCAAAAAUUAGCUUCCUCCAGAAGGCCAUAGAUGUGGUCAUGAUGGUUUCAGGAGAGCCUUUGUUGGCAAAACCAGCCCGAAUCGUGGCCGGGCACGAGCCUGAAAGAACAAACGAGCUGCUUCAGAUAAUUGCAAAGUGCUGCAUCAACAAGCUCUCCAGCGAGGACGCAGUGCGGAGAGUUCUGGCUGGAGAGAAGGCGGACGCGAGAGGAAGGGCCUCCCGGACCUCCAAGCCUCACGAGUCGGACAAUAAGAAUGUGAGGGAAGACGACCCGAGAGCUCACAGAGAGAGAGAGGAUAGAAGAAAUUCAGAAGUAAAAGAGAGAAGUACAAGCAGAGAUGGAAAACAGAGAGGAGAACUGAAAGAAGAAAGCAAAUCAAGAGAAAAAGAAAGGGGCAAGGAGAAGAUGAGGGACAAUGACCGAGACCGACACAAAGACGCGGAGAGAGACAAGUACCGGGAAGGGGAGAAGGAGCAAAGCAAGAGCAGGGCCAGGCAGGAGCGACAGAGGGACAGAGACAGAGGCAACAAGGACAGAGACGCAGACGGGGACAAGGAGCGGGAGAGGAGGGGCGAGGCAGGGCGGGAGAAGGAGCGGCUGAGAGACCGGGAGCGCGACCGCGACCAGGGCAAGGACCGGGAGCGGCGGAGAGCGAGAAACGGGGAGCACUCCCGGGACCCUGACAGGGAGAAGAACCGAGAGCAGGAGAAGCUGGAGAGAAAGUCAGCAAGUUCAGGGGAGAUAUCUAAGAAGUUUUCAGAUGGAUCCUUUAAAGACUCCAAGGUGGAAACAGAGGCUGAGUUUUCCACGACAGCGUCCCGGUCAUUGACAUCAAAAACAUCAAAACGAAGAUCCAAAACUUCAGUGGAAGGAAGGAAGGAGGAUAAUAUUUCAGGUAAAAGUUUAGACCCCGUAACGUCUGGAUUAAAUGACGAACCAGAUCAGGAAACUACAGCUUCAGAAAUAGAUGAUAACUCCACUACUCUGUGGCGUGAGAGCGUUGAGCCCGACCCAGCAGUAAAGCAGAAAGGUGACUCCAUCAGUGAUGCAGAAGGAGAUACUGGAGCUACUGGCCAAGAUAAAUCCGAGGUGUGCGAGAAUCCAGAAGCCCCCAGCGAGCUGUCCUCCAGUGUCAGAAGAAUACCUCGACCUGGCAGUGCUAGACCGGCGCCUCCCCGGGUCAAACGGCAAGAGGGCGUGGAGACCUUGACGAUGGACAGGACAGGGAGUGGUAAAACCGUCUCAAAUGUGAUUAUAGAUUCACAGAAUUCAGACAAUGAAGACGAUGAUCAGUUUGUGGUGGAGGCUGCCCCUCAGAUCUCCGAAAUGUCUGAAAUUGAAACGGUGCCAGCGCUGGAGCUGGAGGACAGCGAGAAGCACGGUGGACUUGUGAAAAAAAUUUUGGAGACUAAGAAAGAUUAUGAGAAGUUGCAGCAAUCACCCAAACCUGGAGAGAAGGAGAAAUCCUUUGUCUUUGAGUCCGCGUGGAAGAAGGAGAAGGAUAUUGUUUCCAAGGAGAUCGAGAAGCUCCGAGUGUCCAUUCAGACCUUGUGUAAGAGCGCGCUUCCUCUGGGAAAGAUUAUGGACUACAUCCAGGAAGAUGUGGACGCCAUGCAGAACGAACUGCAGCUGUGGCACGCGGAGAACAAGCAGCAUGCAGAGGCCCUGCAGAAGGAGCAGAGUAUCACGGACUGUGCCGUGGAACCCCUGAAGGUCGAGCUGGCGGAGCUGGAGCAGAUGAUCCAGGACCAGCAGGACAAGAUCUGUGCUGUGAAGGCCAACAUUCUCAAGAACGAAGAGAAAAUCCAGAAGAUGGUGUACAGUAUCAACUUGACGUCGCGAAGGUGAAGCUGAGGAUUCCAGGGAGGAAGUGCUGUGUCUGCAUGGCCGGCCGUUGGGAGGAAGUACUGUGGGCUGCAUGGCCGUCGGGAAGCUUCCGGGCUCUGAAAUGCCUGUACCUAGAGUGUGUCAGGAGGCCUGUGCCCCUCCCGGCUGGAGCCCCCGUUGUUUAUAAAUGCUCUUCAGAACA